AUGCGCGCACGCAUGUGGGCACUUUGCGCAUAUGCGGCGUGGCUCGCGUGCGUUGUUAUCGCGACGGGCGCCGGACGCGAGCUACACGUGCUACAAGCGGAUGCGCGCAUCGCUUUCUACGUGGGCAUCGCCGCGCCGCCCUCAGCCGCCGACGUCGUACGGGUCUUCAACCGUUCACUCGCCGAUAUCUCGCACACGUAUCUUGCCGGCGACUACCCACUUUAUCUGCGCAACAUCUCACUGCUGCCGCUUUAUAUCGAACUGCCAGAAGAUGAAAGGUUCGUCGCUCGGGUAUUGGAGCGUACAUGCUCUGCGCUCGAAGGUCGGCGCGUCGCGGCUCUCCUUGUCUGCGGUGGGGGAUCAGCAGCGGCCGCCGUAGUGUCCGCGGCCACCCGAGCCGGUGUCCCCGUACUGCGCACGUCACCAUCCCAUAUUCAUCUCUCUUACAUCAUAGCUAAUGAAAUGCUUCCGUUGGAAAUUCGACUAGAGAUCACCGCAAAAGAAACUUUACACGCACUCAGAGCGACACUAUUGCAUACCCAUUGGCACUCAUUUACUUUGCUAGCGGAGGAGGAUAUUUAUAUCACGUUAUCCCUACGAAAAGAUCUAUCGUCGAUACUUACAGCACAGCCACUAAAUCCCAAAUGGCUUUCCCUUCCUAGAAAAUUCUCUCGACACGUACUCUUCAGGCGACUAGCUGAGAUAUCAAGGCUGACCCGAGGCGUUGUUGUUUUGAUAUGUGAUGUCAAUUACGCUAAGCUCGUUAUGGAUGAGGCCAAGCGUCUGAACAUGCUCGAAGGCAACUUUUUCUGGCUUUGGAUAGAUGCUUCAAACGACGUUAAUAUUUUUCACAACAUCAGCAACAGAACUCAAUAUAAUGACGAUAGUGAUCGAGAUUAUGAAAGCUUAUGGGAUAAUAAUGAAGCACCAGUAUACGAACGCUUUGAUCGUGGCAAACGAGGCGAUGCUGACAAUAAUACGAUAAAAGAUCUGAAAGACCCCACAUCGAUAAGAUCUGAUGUAGUUGAAAAGAUUUCUAGCGAUGGCGGAUUUAAUAUAAAAAAUAGUUCUAUAAAUUCAGUUUUUCGGAAGUUAAGUCGAAAUAUUGCGGAUGUAGAAAGUGCUAACGACAAGUCCUUAAAUAUAAAUAUUAGUCAAUCAUAUAAUAGUAGUCAAAAUAUUAGUUCGGAAAGUGUUAGAUAUUAUAAUGUAAAUAACAAAGGCGUUGAAACUUCUAAAAUCGAAAACAAUUCAAUUGCAAAGGGUGUGCCCUUUCAUACUAGAAAUAACAGUAGGCGUAAUAGUUAUAGAAAGAUGAAAAAUGAAUCUUUUAAUAAGUAUGUAAAUAGCAUACACAUAGAUAAUGUAAGUAUAGGUAAAGAAAUACUGUUGGAACGAAAUUAUUUAAGUAAUGAUGAGGAUACUAGAGAUAUCAAUAAUAGCAUAGAUAUAUCAAGUGAUACUAGUGAUUUCUUAUUGAAUCCAAAGGUGCAUGCGUCUACUAUGCAUAAUCUUAGAGACAAAAUGGAAAAAAGAAGUAAUAAGAAAAUUAACAAAGAAAAUAUUAUGAACAGAAGGAGGGAUUAUGAUAUUAAAAAUAACAUGACCGAGAUUUUAAAUAGUCUUCCUGUGGGACUCCUUGCCUUACAUCCACAACCAGUAAAAAUAGAUCCCGCUUAUGCUCGUGCUGCAGUAAGAAUUAUCGUAGGCGCGCUUAGACGCGUAUUACGCGCUUGUGACGCAUGGUCUGCUCAAGCCCAAUUCUUGAGCGACGCUACAGCGUCAUGCUGGGAUGAACCAAGUGAUGCCGCAGCAGAUUUUUCAACGGAAUUCGUAAGAGAAACUCGAAUGUCUUCAGCAGCAGCACUUGCAGGUGGCACUGAAAAAUCUGAACAUGCUCUCACAGCUUCUUUCGCACUUUUAAAUUUAGUACCGGGGCCUGAGGGAGAAAGUAUGUGGAGACAAGUAGGACGUGUUUUAGGCCGUAGUGUCAGAUUACACACUAUUGUAUGGCCUGGUGGCCGUCUUGUAGCACACGGUCAAUCUGAUGGCGCUCGUACUAUAUUUCGCAUAGUCACAGCACUAGCCCCACCAUUCGUCAUGGAAGGAGAACUUGACGAAGAUGGACAAUGUCUCAGAGGUCUUCCAUGUCAUCGCCCUCAAACAUCAGAUCGGGAUAACUUGACUCUUGCCUUUAAUGUAUUGGAUAGAGAAAGUGAUCAGGAAGCCGAAGAUUUUUUUUUCCCCACACCAAAGCCUAUAUUUUCAAAAAUGGAUACACAUUGUUGCUAUGGGUUUGCUAUGGAUCUUCUAGAAAAUAUUGCUCAAGAGUUAGAAUUUGAUUUUCACUUGUACAUUGUGGAAGACGGUUUAUAUGGUUCUAGAAAUCUCUUAAAACCAUUGCCUAGAAUAUUUGAUUAUAAAAGAAUGUUUAGUGAAGUUACUCCAAUAAAUAAAAAUAAUAAUAAUUACAAAAGCAAUCGUUCUCCAUACCGCAGCGGUUUUAAUGCAUUGGAUGAAGAGAUCGACGAAAAUGUAGAUUUUUUUGAUAUUGAAGCUGAUGAAAACAUUGAAAAAUGGAAUGGAAUAGUGGGUGAUUUAGUGUCUGGAGCUGCACAUAUGUCAUUUGCAGCUUUAAGUGUAUCUUCAGCCAGAGCUGAAGUAAUUGAUUAUAGCCAACCCUAUUUUCUGAGCGCGGUGUCCGCACUAUCAGCACCAAACCAAAAACCAGACAUACCGCUGCUUGCAUUUCUUUUGCCAUUUUCACCUGAACUAUGGAUUGCAAUAUUCACUUCUUUAAAUGUCACUGCAAUUGCAGUGGCCAUUUACGAAUGGCUAUCUCCUUUUGGAUUAAAUCCUUGGGGGCGACAGAGAUCAAAGAACUUUAGUAUUUCUAGUGCCCUAUGGGUUAUGUGGGGACUUUUAUGUGGACAUUUGGUAGCGUUUAAAGCGCCUAAAAGUUGGCCAAACAAGUUUCUCAUAAACGUUUGGGGUGGAUUCUCCGUGAUAUUUGUUGCGAGCUAUACUGCUAAUAUUGCCGCUCUCAUUGCUGGACUAUUUUUUCACAAUGCUGUUGAUGAUUAUCAAGGUCGAGAUAACUGGCUAUCCCUUAAAGUGGGUACAGCAAAGUCUUCGGUAGCAGAAUAUUACAUUCAACGAAAUUAUCCAGCUCUGGCGCAGCAUAUGCGACGUUAUGCCCUUCAAGACGUGGAAGAAGGUAUUCAGAGAUUGAGAAAUGGUACAUUAGAUCUUUUAGUAGCUGACACACCCGUUUUGGAUUAUUAUCGAGCCACUGACCACGGAUGCAAACUACAACGAAUUAACGACCAUCCGCUAACCGAUGCCUAUGCCAUCGGUAUGGCGAAAGGAUUCCCUUUGAAGGAAAGCAUAUCAGCUGUAAUAGCUAAAUAUUCAUCUAAUGGUUACAUGGAUAUUUUAACUGAAAAAUGGUACGGGGGUUUGCCAUGUUUCAAACUGAGUCCAGAUUAUGGUAUACAACCAAAGCCGCUCGGUAUAGCAGCGGUGGCGGGAGUGUUCAUCCUACUUCUGGUCGGCGUAGUCGUUGGAUGUCUUAUAUUAAUUUUAGAACAUUUGUUUUAUAAAUAUACCCUGCCAGUACUUCGUCAUCAACCUAAAGGAACUAUUUGGAGGAGCAGAAAUAUAAUGUUUUUUAGCCAGAAACUUUACAGAUUCAUAAACUGUGUGGAACUUGUUUCUCCGCAUCAUGCAGCAAGGGAACUUGUCAAUACAAUACGGCAAGGACAUUUUACUUCAUUAUUUCAGAAGAGUGUCAAAAGGAAGGAACACGAACAGCGGCGACGCCGUAAAAGCAAAGCACAACUAUACGAAAUGAUUCAAGCGAUAAGAAGGGUACAACAACGAGACCACUCCUUGGGUUCAAUCAAAGAACAAGAACCAGCAGAGACAACUGAGGUCUUACAGGAGCCUACUGAAUCUAAAUUUUUAUCACCCUCCCCUGAUGUUUCCAACCGCUCCCCGAGACAGGGUCGGUCACCUCGACAGCUUCGAUCACCAAGGGGAAGAAGAAAAAGGUGCAGUCUGGCCGGACUCAACGUAAGACGAUUUAGCACUGACUCAGUGCUUGGCUCAGAUUCGGUAUCUAAUAUCUAUGAACGCACAAGUAUGAAUAUAGGAAGGAGGUUAAGCCGAGAUGUAAGUUGCUUAACGAGCUCACCACCCGACAUCAAUACUCGCCUUCGAACACCGUCACCUAUGGUUCGAAGAGUAGAAGGCUCAUCCACGCGAUCUUAUCAAGAUGUUUCUGAGAGAUCUGAUAAUUACCUAAGUUCAGAUUUCCCAACAUCACGAGCCAGUGUGGAAAUUUUAGUUUCUAACGUUGAACAAGACGUUCCUCCAGCUCCUCCAUAUCCUCGAGUCCCGACAGUAGGAGCGAGAUCUGAAUUGUCUUUAUUAUCAGAAGAUGAACUAAUUAGAUUGUGGCGUAGUUCAGAGCGUGAAGUAAGAGAGGCAUUGUUGGCAGCACUUCAAGAAAGAAGGGCCAAUUUAGAUCCCAAACAAGAUCCGGGAUGA